GCAGCGGCAGCCUCAGCCUGGGCUUCGGCGGCGGCAGCAGCGCGAGCCCGUCAGAGCAGCAGCGGCGGCGGCGGCGCGAGCCUCCCUCUCCUCGUCCUCCCGCUCCCUCGCUUCCUCUUCGCUCGCUCUCUCCCCGUCGGGCCGCAGCCCCAGCCCGGGAGCCGCCCGAGCCGAGCCGGAGCGGGAGCCGCAGCCGCCCGAGGCGCGGGCGCACGUGGCCGAGCGAGCCCCAGCCCAGCCCGGCCCGGGCCUGACGAGGAGCCGCGGCGGCGGCAGGAGCGGCGGCGGGAGCGGCCGGAGCAGGCGGCGGGAGCGGCGGCAUGGGUGACCGGGAGCAGCUGCUGCAGCGCGCGCGGCUGGCCGAGCAGGCGGAGCGCUACGACGACAUGGCCUCCGCCAUGAAGGCGGUGACUGAGCUCAAUGAGCCCCUCUCCAACGAAGAUCGGAACCUCCUCUCUGUGGCCUACAAGAACGUGGUGGGUGCCAGGCGGUCCUCCUGGCGCGUCAUCAGCAGCAUCGAGCAGAAGACGAUGGCCGACGGCAACGAGAAGAAGCUGGAGAAAGUGAAGGCGUACCGCGAGAAGAUUGAGAAGGAGCUGGAGACGGUGUGCGGCGACGUGCUGGCGCUGCUCGACAAGUUCCUCAUCAAGAACUGCAACGACUUCCAGUACGAGAGCAAGGUCUUCUACCUGAAGAUGAAGGGCGACUACUAUCGCUACCUGGCCGAGGUGGCUGCUGGCGAGAAGAAGAGCGGUGUGGUGGAGUCCUCCGAGGCUGCCUACAAGGAGGCCUUUGAGAUCAGCAAGGAGCACAUGCAGCCCACCCACCCCAUCCGCCUGGGCCUGGCCCUCAACUUCUCUGUCUUCUACUACGAGAUCCAGAACGCGCCCGAACAGGCCUGCCUCCUGGCCAAGCAGGCCUUCGAUGAUGCCAUCGCCGAGCUGGACACGCUCAACGAGGAUUCCUACAAGGACUCCACCCUCAUCAUGCAGCUGCUUCGAGACAACCUCACCCUCUGGACGAGCGACCAACAGGACGAGGAGGCGGGCGAAGGCAACAACUGAGAGUGGUCCCUGCCGCGUCCCUGCCCCCUCCACCCCGAGCCGUCCCCAUCGUUGUCAUCGACGCGUCCCCCGCCACGGUCCCUCGAUAUCUAGUGCUAAACAUAUCUGUAUUGUCCGCACAGCGACUCGAAGCUGCCCGCCCUCCCACGAAUCAGGAAGCAGCCCCACAUGAGGCUUCAUGGGCAUUUCUGGAUUGACGGAUGGUUGGAGCCCACGGGAGCUCCCCCCUUCUUGGGUUGUGCACACAGGAGGCUCUUGAGUGGAUGUGUGCCUGUUGAGCUGGGAAUCCCACGAAAGGAAGGAAGGGAGGGAGGAAGGAAGGAAUGAAGGAAAGAAAGGAAGAGAUUGGAAGGUGAAUUAGUCUAUAUUGAUCUUAAAAAUUUGUCCCAUUUCAGCUGCGCUAAUAGUGUUUUGUUGAGCAGUAUGUGUCACCUGCAUGCGGAAUCCGUUGACCCCCCCCCCCCCCCCCCCACUGUCUCUCCGCCAAUGGGAAACAGGUACAGGAAGCUGAUGGCACCAAGAGAGAAGCCGACCCUGCCCAUCAGCUUACACGGACUGUCGCAAAUGUGAGGUUUCCGUAAUGCCUUGUUUUUUGCCUCUUUAAAUGAUGUGCACAAACCUUGUUUUCAAUGCAAUGCCUCUAAACGUUUUGAUACUUGUAACUUUGUUUUUGGUUGCGAUUGUUCAGGAAUCAUGGAUUUAUUAUUAUUAUUAUUAUAUAUUUUUUUUUGGUAACUCUUUGGCCGUUGUUCUGACAGCGAGUGCCAUGUGUCAGCCCAUGUCAAUCAAGGUGGAUGAUUGUGAAACACCAGACUUCUAAAAUCAAUGUUUUGGAAUUCAGUGGAUUAAAUAAAUGCUGCUUUGGGGAUAUUAUCGCUA